GCGACUACUCUAUAUUUGUCCCUUCCUCAUUUCUCGGAGACGGGUCGUUGCAGCUUAUUAACUCAAAUCGGAGUUGCAUCCAUUGCUUGCGGAUCAAGCGGGCUGCGUAGGGGAACUACGUGGCAAGUUUAGUACGGCGAUCGGUAUUUUAUUAGGAUUUACCAUUUUCCAUGAACCCGGAGCGCAGGACGGAUUACAGCACGCAUGCAUGGAACUGAAUACGUGCCGUUAUCGUUGUUUGUGCGUAUGAUGCUACAAUUCCGUCCGCAGCUCUAUGCAUGGGUACGCAUACGAAUAAGUGGAAGAAUACCAAAUUAACACCAAAUUUGAGAACUUUCGACACUGUAAUCGGAUACAUGCCCACGCUCCGCUUGGAUGCUGAAUGUCCAUGUUGCUCGAGACCUGAAUUUUGGGUUGGAAGAAUGGAAUAAUAAACACACUGUCGAUUCGAAGAUUCGUGUCUACUGCCAAGUGAGGUGGGCAGUAUGCUUGACACCUAAGUGAAGAGAGAACGUGCUUCCAGUGGUCCACAAAAUGCAUAAUCUGGUCAUAGGACAACUUCUGUCAUCAAGAAAGCAGAAAGAGCAAGACAAGAAUAAUCUAAAGUUGAUCGAAGACGACAUCAAGCGCAUCUUGCGAGCAACUGGUUCACAAAAUCCACUAUUUCAAGAAGCAAAUCGAGGAAUUAUAUUUUCGAAGUCGUUCAACCCCAAAGACUGGCGGAAGAAGAAAAGACAGGAUCCAAUUUUUGCAGACAUAGCGUACUUCAACUUCUGGUCUCUCAUGCUCGCACCGGACAUAGCCACUGCUUUCAUGGAGGCUCUUCUCACUCGAAUUAACGAUAUGGACAUCGAAGAAGAGAUUAAUCCCGAACACAUGAAAAAAUCCAUCGGUCCUCAACGGGAGUGGGAUUUUGGCAAGGAGUAUGAAGUCAAAGAUGCGGAGCCAUACAGUCCGGGCCAUCCCCUCGUCACGCGAACUUUCAAAAUCUUCACCAAGAUUCCUGCCGAGUUCCAGAUACACACAUCCAUGAGGGCUGCAGUCUUGAACACCAUCAUUCUGCUGAUGUUCUUUCAUCCUAUCAAUUACAAGACCCCCAGAAUUACCGCUGCGCUUGUAUCUCUUACACCGGAUCCCCUGCUGGAACGCAUGAAUCUGUUGGCUUGGAAGGGCGUGGUGCUGAAUUUUAUGAAGUGGGAUCAGUCUGAGAGGUUGACCAAUUUGGAUACAUUCUUAUAUCAGUAUGCGGGCUACAUGGGUUGCAAGAGUUCCACGGUCGACAACAGUCUCAUUGGUACAGGAUGGGUAUAUUUGUGGUUGCAGCAGGAGGUGUUAAAUGGGAAUGGUCAACUUGUUGUCGCCGGAAUAAGAGGAGCGCUUGCGAUUAUUGCCAGGGAAGACACUGUCCUGACUCCCGUCUCUGAGUUCCAAAUCAUGUGCCUUCUAACAACCCUGAACGGCAUUGUGUCACUUGUUCAUUUGAACGAUGAAAAUCAGGACUUAGGCCGCUUCAUUGCAGAACUAUACGCAGAUUUUUUUGAGCCAAUACAUGAAAUUGGUCGAGGCACUGCGAAAAUUCUUCAAAAUGAGCACAAAGCACCUGGCUACUCCUCGAGGAACAGAUGCGCAGCAUGUGAUGCUAGAUUUGGUUUGUUGCAGCCCAGCAGACUUCUGCCACCGUCUACUCAUGUUGUUUUAAACACCAAGUGCCCCCGAAGUUAUAACCUCACGGCUCUCCUCCAUGCCACGCCCUUAGAGGCUGAAGGAGAACCUUACGACGACACUGAUUACAUCCACUACACUCGGUGGCGUCUGAUACUCCAGAUGCUGUGCUGUUGCGGGGUUGAAGAAGUGGUGACGGAGAGUCAGGCUUAUGUCCCUCUCGUUAUCUCUCAACAGCCUCCGGAUUUUGUAGCAUCCGUAUAUGAAAGACUACUGCAAAUCAUGGAAGAAGCCGUUAUGUGUGAGGACCACUUGCAAGCAGCACAAAUUCGUGCCCAUAAAGUGAAAGAUAUUUGGGAUGAACUUUGUCAAACGCUUGGGCUGAGAGAUCUGAUUAUGCCGGAGGUCGAGAUAGCACUGAUUGACGACCUCCCCACAAACAGAUUGAAUCCAAUGAGAUUUACGACCAUCAAGGCUGAGCCGACCUGGCAGCCUAAUAAAAAUGUUAUGACGAGUGGGACCGCUGGCGGUUUGCCUCGCUUUUCUCGAACAGGAGCCGAAGACAUUCUGUUCGACAUUAUAAGCAGAAGUGUCGAUCUGAAUGCAUAUCAGUCUCCUGAAUAUAUGGCCUUCCGACUACACGGUGUCAAAGAGGUGGUGAGGGUGAUGGUUGGAGGUGGCGAUGGAACUCUAAACUACAUGCUUGCAGGCUUUGUCAACCUACAUUAUUACGGUGAAUUGUUACCCUUGGGCUUCUUAGAGAAGCUAGACGUGAGGUUCUAUAUAUUGCCAACCGGGGAGGUGAACUCUCUGGCAGGCUAUAUAGCCAGAAAUGAUCUGUGGUACGAUGCGAACAUCAACAGAAUGCUCACCAGUCGGCUCCCAGCCGUUCCUCACGUUGGAGAUCCUAAAGAGUGUCUCGAUGAUCCUUCUGGAUCCAAGCACCGUGGCCAACAGCAACAACAGAUGCUCCCGGACUUGAAUACCGUGAGCCCGAGAAAUCUGCUCACGAAGCAGAUCGAGAACUAUGUACUAGAAGCGAAAAACGUCUUCCAUGUUAGCAUCUACGCUUGCGAAGCUUGGUACCAUGAUGGACAGACUGAGACCUACUGCACCAUUCCGUUUUUUGGAAGAGCUGAAAUUGGAAUAACAGCGGCUAUGGUGAGUCCAAUGGGAGAAAGGCAACUCGGUCAACAUGCGGGAGCGCCCCGACCAGCUAGGGCAGCGGCAGAAACAAUUGAGGAACUGGCUGCGAGAGUUGCUCUCUCAGUUUCUAUCACCUACACUGGUCUUGGACUGGAGUUCGAGGAGCUGCCACAAACAAACAUGAAGGGAAGUUACAUUUCCAUAAUGGUAAUAAAUGUACCAAAGCCUCAUGAGCAAAGAUUGGCUUGUGAGCCAUGGUCAGACUACAUGGAUUUCUUCGUGCUGGACUCUGCUCACCAAGUUGUUCAAGACAAGAAGAUUAAAUCUCUGUCAGAUAUUGCUUACUGGUCUCGCCCAGAAAUGGCGAACUGGAUCAGCAUUGAGGCAAUACGCAGUAUGGAAGAAGAAAGUCCAAGGAACUUCGAUGUUCUAUUAGAUGGAGAGGUCUUCGGCCCCUUCCACCGGGUCACUUUCUCACCGUGCGCUCACCCUGUCAAUCGGAAGACUAAUCUGAAGCUCCCUGUUGCAACUUUCUGGCGUCCAGAAAACUCGAGAUUCAAAUAA